AUAUGGAAAACAGCGGAAAUGCAGAUGAAGCAGAAGAAAGCGCUAACAGUGAAGCUGAAAAAACAGACUCAGAAGUAGAGAGCCAGAAAUUCUUAGAAACCCAAGAAGAAAAGGAGAAAAGUCAGGUACUGGAAAAUAAGAGUGAAGAUGAAAAGAAGACACCUGAGACACUAGGAGAGCAGGACAAUGAAGAUGCAGAUAAAAAUGAGGAAAACCAGAUACCCGAAGAGAAAAAAGAGAAGAAAGAGGAAAACAAAGAGACAGACAAUCUGAAAUCAGCUGAAGGAGAACUAGAAAAACAUCGAAAAAACAGUAAAAAUGCAGAUGAAGAAAAUACUAACAGCAAAGCUGAUAAAACAGACACAGAAAUAGAGAUCCAGAAAUGCUUACAAACCCGAGAAGAAAUGGAGAAAAAAUGUCAGAUACUGAAAAAUAAUAGUGAAGAUGAAGAGAAGAAACCUGAGAAGCCGACUGAGGAUCUAGGAGACCAGGAAUAUAAAAAUGCAGAUAAAAAUAAUAGUGAAGAUGAAGAGAAGAAACCUGAGAAGCCGACUGAGGAUCUAGGAGACCAGGAAUAUAAAAAUGCAGAUAAAAAUAAUAGUGAAGAUGAAGAGAAGAAACCUGAGAAGCCGACUGAGGAUCUAGGAGACCAGGAAUAUAAAAAUGCAGAUAAAAAUAAUAGUGAAGAUGAAGAGAAGGAACAUGUGGAUCCGCCUCAGAAUCUAGGGGAUCAGGAAAAUAAAAAUAAUAGUGAAGAUGAAGAGAAGGAACAUGUGGAUCCGUCUCAGAAUCUAGGGGAUCAGGAAAAUAAAAAUGCAGAUAAAAGUAAAAGUGAAGAUGAAGAGAAGGGACAUGAGGAUCCGACUCAGAAACUAGGAGAGCAGGCCACUGAAGAUACACAUAAAUAUGAGGAAGACCGGGCACUUAAAGUGAAAAAAGAGAUGGAAGAGGAAAACAAUGAAAUAGCCAACACGAACAAAGAGAUUUUGAGUCCACAGUCUGCGGUGACAGGAAGAAUUACAGUGGACAUAGGAAAUGACCAGAGGUCAGAGGCCGGAAAGGGAGGAGGAAGAGAAAACUGAAAAGGAAAACCACGAGGUGACUGGCAUACUACACACAGAUUCACCAUCUAACCUGGACACCAGUGACCCAUCUUCAACCAUGAAUAUGGAAUUAGAAAAUAAUCAAGCCGCAUCCUUACCUCAAGAGGAAGAUGAUGAUGGUGAACAGAAAGAUAAGAGCAGCGAGUCAGAACAAGGCAGGAAGGAAAAAAAAUUAUGUACCAGAAAUUAAAGAGGCAAAAAAAAAAAACUUUCUAGACAACACAAACAAUUACAUAUAUGUGGCCAGAGUACAAGAAAGCAGAAACCGAGACCAACAGCUUCCCAAAACAUGCAAUGAAGGAAGAUCAUAGUUCAGAAAUUAGAGAACAGUUUUUAAACAAAUAGUUUUGUACAGAUUGUGAUGAUAAAGUUUAUAGUAAGGAAAGCAAAAUGGGCUCAGUUUUAACAGCUGUGAAAGAGGAAGAGAAAAUCUGUCAGCUAGAGCCAUGUGAAGGUAGUAAAGUCAGAUAAGACACUCGAGAGUGAAAAAGAUGAAGUAUGAGCUUGAACAAGGUGUGGAGAAGUAAUAUUCAAAUACUUUAGCAUAAAGUUUGUCAGUUUAUUAAUGUAGAACAAUUAAUUUAGUACAGUUAAUUUUACAUAAAUGAUUGUACUACAUUAAGAAAAAAAAUGUUUAUGUAAAUAUGCGCAAGUAGAAUAUUAUUAUACCCUUGUAUAUUUCCAUGAAAUUUCUUUAAAGCUGUCUGUCUGCAUCUGUAUACAAACCAGCUAUCAGAAAUAGGGUAGAUUGAGCACUAAACACAUCCUUUGUGAAUGGCCACUAUAAGUCUAUUUCAGACUGAUGGAAAAACUCUAUUGGACAAUGGAUUGGUGUGGACUGUUGGCCAGUAAAGGAAUUCAGCGGACAUAAACAUUAUAUUGACAGUCAUUUCAUGUCUGCUCAGUGUAUCACUCAUCUGCACAAAAAUGUGAUACGGAGGCAGCAGACAGCUAGGCAGCUCACUAGGUUUAGGAACAAAGCCAGAGUCACACUGAAAUGAAAACAUGAAGGCCAACAAAAAUAACACAAGGAAAGGAUGCUGAAGAAGUUAUGAAGACACGUAUUGUGAAAAAUUAUAUAUAUAUAUAUAUAUAUAUAUAUAUAUAUAUAUAUAGUUAAUAUAUUUUGGUGCUAAAACUGUUGUAUAUACUAGUAGAUUUUAUAUAAUCAUGUUAAUUUUGAAUGGGUGAAUAUUAGUCAUGAUUUAACUUUUUUUUUUUUUUGUCAAAAUCAAAUCUGUGGUGUGAUAAAAGUACUGUAAUUUAGAGCAUGUUGUCCUCAAAAAGCAUAUAGCGGGGAACCCAUAAUCAACAAUUGUGUGUGUGUGUGUGUGUGUGUGUGUGUGUGAACUUCUUUUAACUAUUUUGUUUAUACAACAAAUUAACAAAAUAAAUGUUUUGACCAAAUUGAUUUUUUCUUUUUUCAAUUGAUUAAAAUAAUCUAAACAUUAAA